GACUCGCCGUUUCUUGUCCAUCUUGUGAAGCAAGCAGAAGCAGUCCGCUGUGGCGUCAUAAAGGCCUCCAUGCGCAUUCACAUGUGUCUUGUUUUCCUUGUCUCGUCUUCUGCUGCACACCGUCGAGGCUUUAAGGCGCUCCCCACUUCAGACCAAGCGGUGUAAGACAGAGAGAGAGUGAGAGAGAGGGAGGGAGAUUAUGGAAUGCUGUGAUGUCAUCAGCCCAGUCAUACACACAAAGACAAGGAGGACCCACAGGCGCUCUGACUCUCUCAGCUUAGUUAGCAUACUCUGCUGUGGAGCGGCUGUCUACAUCCUACUAUUGUGCCAAUGAUGACCUGCAAAGACAAAGGAAACUGACAUAUUUGUAGGGUAGGAAAACUGUCAGCACAAAACAGAAAGGAAACAGUUUUUUUGUGUGUGUGUGCACGUGUGAGAUUGUACCUUAUGCACAAAGGCGUGUGUGGGAGGAUGAGCGUCCACCUUUAUUUAUGAAGACGAGUUUCUGUGGGUCAAUAAGAGGGAUUUUAGAAUUAAAGAGGCCAUGAAAGUCUUUUUCUGAUGACAUGAGGCUAUAAACCAACAUUGUUUACCUCAAGAAGCUGCUGGCCAAACGACAGCACCUCCGACCGAUUUGCCAGGUGGUACCAAGUUAACCCACCAUUCAGCCGCCAGCAUGCUGCAGCAGAUUUUAAAGGACAUGUACAUCGACCCUGAUGUGCUGAAUGCUCUUAAUGAGGACCAGAAAAAGACUCUGUUCCUGAAGAUGCGCCAGGAGCAGGUGCGGCGCUGGAAAGAACGGGAGGAGAAAGUAGAGAGAGAUGGGGGGGACGCUGAGUGCAAGCAAACAAAGCCAAAACAAGCCAACAGUAAGAAUGUGAGCUGGCUUCUUGGCCGGGAUGGAGAUGUGGCGGUCAUUGUGAUCGGGGAGGUGGAUGAGCUGAGCUCCAAAUUCAUCUGCUCAGGACUUGGAGAAAAGAAGGCGCAGAGUCUUCAGAACAAUGCAAACCACCAAACCAUCUUGAAGAGCAGAAAAACCACAGAACCUGUCAGAACUGAGAGAGAGAACCUUCCUCCUGAAACACAACCUGGAAUUUCACUGAAUUUAAAGGGGAAGUGUGGGGAGACGAGCACAUUACUCCCUCUGCCGCCUGAGUCGAAGUCAGCCAGUGCGACUGAGGAGAAGUCAGUUCCCCAGUCCUCCAUCUGCUCCAGGCCUCCCAUGAGAGCUAGCCCUGUCAAUGUGAGACCAUCUUCUGCAAAUGCAGCACCAGGCUCUGUCAACACGAGACCCGGCCUGGCAAAUCUGAGGCUGGCCACCGCUGCACAAUCCCCUUCCCCCAGCAGCGCUGUCAAAAUAGACUCUGGAACAACCAAAGGUGGCCUGCACUCACAGGAACCUCACAAGCCCCAGGAAUCACAGGGUGGGAAAGAUAUUGUUGCAUCAGAAGCAUCUCGGAGGGCUGCCUUGGUGAGCGCAUCAACCUGCGCAGGGCGCGGCCGGGUGGCUCAGCUGAUGAAAACCUUCAGUGCCGAAAGCACUACAACCCCCACACAGACCCCCUCUCGCAGCGUCAAGCCUCCUCUCCCCACCAAGCCUAGCCACUUGCGUCUAACGACCACACCUACUGUCAGGUAAUCCUCACACACUGAUGCAGAGACGCCCACCAAGCUUCAAGCAUCCCAGUGAUUCAAAUAAAGACACACUGGACAAUGUCAGGCCCCUAAUGUGGAGCUUCAGCCAGUGGGUUAAUUCCCAAAGGUGGAAAAGAAUGUAAUGUUCACAAUGUUGCUGUCACUCCCAAAGCCCAGCAAUGGAAAUGCUUGAAUGUAAUGGUUUUAUUUUAUUAUUGGAUGCUGCAGUACUGUAAACACUCUUUGUGGGAAAGAAAUUCCAAAGCAAUUGAAUGCAAUGUAUAUGUAUAUUUCCAGGGAAUUGAUGACUAUCACAUUUAUUCACUUGGUGUUGAUGCUUUGGCAUUGUGUUUUUUUUUUUUUGCGUUGUGAACACACAUUUUCUUGUCCAAUUCAAAAACCCUAUAAACACAAUAUUGUUACUAUUGACAUUAUUUGUAUUACUUAGGACCAGACCCAAACAGAAUCUGAGGAUCUUUUUGUUUUUUUUUGUUUACAGUUUUCAGCAGUGAUCUAGAAUGAAAAUCUGCAGAAUUUAGUCUGACUGUUGCUUGUGGUGGAGAUGUGUUAACAUUCUGAAUUUUGUUUGAAUUUUUUUGCAUUGUUUCUUAUGAGACAGUUUGCAUGAGCGCAUAUGCAGAUACACGAGUGACAACAGAAUGGGCAUGGGCAGGCAUAAUGAGGUGGAAUAAGGCACAGUAGGGUCCUCCUUCAUCUUGCUGUCUCCUCUUUGGGAAUACUCUAAGGUUGUUUAUUUGUCACAAUGCAAUGUAUGUCUCCCUCUGCCACCUGGCAGGAGCCUCACUGUGACCUGUUGUGGACCAAUGACAGUGCCAAAUUCAUCGUCUGUCACUCCCAGUGGAUCAAGUUAGACAGUUGAUGCCAAAUAUUCCAGUGUUACUCUUCUGCAUUUUUUUCAGUACUAUUCUAGAUAUGUGUGGUUGUACAUUUGUACUUUUUUACAUUUUCUAUAGGGGGAAAUAUGUUUUGUAAUGGGAUGUUUAACAUUACUACGAUGCUCACUUGUAAAAUGAAACAUUUUUAUCUUUGAUUUCAAGUUUGUAUGGUGCAAUCAAAGAAACAAUAAAAUUGUGUAACUUGUACACCUACUCUUAAAAGUCUUAA